GCGUUCCUGGCAGGCAGGCUUGCCUGGGAGGGAUCUGCCGUCAAAGCCACCCAGGAAAGGAGGCCUGAUACGCUCAUUAAUAUUCUGAACUAGUGACCCUGCUUUUUCUUUCCGCCCCUCGCCUUUCUGUGGGCGCUCCAGCCUCUCCCCGCCGCGGAUGGCUGCAGCCCCCUCCAGCUGAGUCAGUCCUGCCUCCCGCAGCAUUGCAGCACCUCCGCAGCUCCUGCGCUCCCGCCGCUCCUGCAGCACCGCUCUGCUCCCGCCGCAGCAUGGCCAGCACCGUCUCAGCCUACAAGGAGAAAAUGAAGGAGCUGUCUCUGCUCUCCCUCAUCUGCUCCUGUUUCCACACCCAGCCCCAUCCCAACACCAUCUACCAGUAUGGAGAUAUGGAGGUGAAGCAGCUGGAUAAGAGGGCAUCAGGCCAGAGCUUCGAAGUGAUCCUGAAGUCCCCUUCAGAUUUAUCUCCUGAGAGCCCAAUCCUCUCCUCCCCUCCCAAGAAGAAGGAUCUGUCCCUGGAGGAGCUGCAGAGGAGGCUGGAGGCUGCAGAGGAGAGGAGGAAGACCCAGGAGGCGCAGGUGCUGAAGCAGCUGGCGGAGAAGCGGGAGCACGAGCGGGAGGUGCUGCACAAGGCGCUGGAGGAGAACAACAACUUCAGCCGCCUGGCCGAGGAGAAGCUCAACUACAAGAUGGAGCUGAGCAGGGAGAUCCGUGAGGCACACCUCGCUGCCUUGAGGGAGCGGCUCCGCGAGAAGGAACUGCACGCGGCCGAGGUCCGCAGGAACAAGGAACAGCGGGAGGAGAUCUCUGGAUAAAGGGCUUUUCUACACAUCUAGCACCUGAUUCCUGUUAACAAACCAACCAGUCGACCAACCAACACAUUUUAUUUUGUUUGUCUAGAUGCAACAUUUGGUUCUCCAUCCCCCCUCCCCGGUGUUUGUCCCCCAGCUACACGCUUCUCUCUGCAUCCCUAAUCGUCAGUGCUUGUGGGGAUUCACAGAUCAUAGGGACCUCUAAGCAGAAUAGCAGCUAGUUCACAUCAAAUAGAGAAUCAAUCAGUCAAUCAGCCAAUCAAACAGCUUCUUUGGAGGGUUUUGUCCUUUUUUUAAAAAAAAAAUAAUAUUUCUUAAACGGAUGUAAAGAGAAAAAACCAAACGAAAAUAUUAAUAAAUUCAACCAUCAGUGUCACAGAGAUACGGAUUUCUUAUCCGGGGCUUUUCCUCCUCUUGGUGUUUGCUCUGAGCCAAAUAUCAGUUUCAGAAAAAUGGGAAAUAAGUGAUAGUUUCUGUGUGUGAAGUAAAGUAGGGAGCAGUCCCCUGUUUGGUAGGAGAGUGGAAGGAGAGGGACGGAUGGCUCAGGAGUUGCAGAGAGUGCAGAGCCCCCAUCUUGUGGCU